AUGUCCACCAAUACAGCUGUUCUGAUAACCGGAGCCAACCGCGGGCUUGGCCGCGGUCUCCUGGAGAUCUACCUCGCACGCCCCUCACACACCGUGAUCGCCGCCGUGCGCGACCCGGCAGCUACCGCGACAACCCUAGACACCCUACCACGGGCAGAGUCCACCAUACUGCUAGUCGUGAAGAUCGACAGCGCAGACCCAGCAUCGUCCGCCGCCGCACUGGCCGAGCUCCAGUCCGCACACAACAUCCAACGUCUGGAUGUGUUGAUCGCGAACGCGGGCAUUGCGAAGACCUACCCGCUCGCGCGCGAAGCCAUGCUCUCGGAUUUGCGUGAGCAUUUUGAAGUCAACACUUUCGGGCCCUUGGCUCUGUUUCAGGCGUUUGUUCCUUUGCUUGAACAGACGCCCGGGAGCAAGUUUGCUGCUAUCAGUUCUGGGGCGGCGAGUAUCGGUGCAAUGGAGAAGAUUCCGCUGCCGAACAGCGUGUAUGGCACUAGCAAGGCUGCUUUGAACUACCUGGUGCGGAAGAUGGCCUUGGAGAGUGACAGUGUGAUUGUGUUCUCGGUAGAUCCGGGUUGGGUACAAACCGAUAUGGGCAACUUUACUGCACGGGGUUGGGGUAUGGAGAAAGCGCAACUUACUAUUGAUGAGAGCGUGAAUGGCAUUGCAAAAGUGAUUGACUCGGCCACGAAAGAGACUUCGGGUUUGCUAAAGUCUUACGAUGGGGGAGAAACUCCGUGGUAA